AUGAUCCCAGCCAUGUCGGUUUUUACAAUCGUCCAUCGAGCCCUACCACCACUAUCCCUCCCCUGGAGGCGACGAACAAGUCUGAAAGGAAAAGCCCCCGAGAUAGAAAUUUCAGAUUCCAACAGCAGCCCCCAGGCCCAGAACAAUGAAUCCAUCUUCAUGCACCGUGACGUCCACAGUCCUGUGCAGGUAGCGGUGAAGACGCACGCACACCACAUAACGCCCAACUCGCAGUCAACAUUAUCGGAAAAUAUCCCGGGGCCAGAGUCGGAUUCGACUUCCGAGGACCAGGUGCGCUAUUCCAGCCAGGCGCGUCCGACGCGGGCCCAGCUCGCUCGCGCUGUUAGUUGGGCGAGUAUUAUCCGCAGUCGAGACCGGUGGACAGCUGAGCAGGAGAGGGAGCUUGUGCAUGCGCAGAGACAGUUGGGGAAGUGUCAGAAGGCGUGGAGUUCUGAGCAGGAGGUGUGGUUAUCAUAUGCACUCAGCGAAGAGAAGGAAGCACAUGCUUGUUUCCUGUCUAUGCGGCAUAGGCAGCAGGACGACGAGCAGCACCAGUUCCGUAAGGCUUGGAAGCGGCGGAGAUCUUCAUCGGGCGAUGACGAGAUGCAGCAGUCUGCGAUCGAGACUGCAAAUCGACUAGGGAGGUUGUGUCGCUUGCAGCGGUAUGGCUAUUCAGGGCAGCGGUUGGACGCGACGGGAUCGGCAAUGUUGGCUGUGGAGGGAUGA